AAAUUUUCUCAACGGUUUUCUUCCUUAUUUUAUUGACUGUUUUUAUGCAGUCUGAAUGUCUGGAAUUUUGAAAGAUGAAAGAUUCACUCUUACUUUCAUUGCAGGAUUCUUUCUACUAAUCCAGAUACUUGUUGAAGUGCUGAAUAGUUUCUUGGGGAAAGAUGACAAGGAAGAGUUUGAAUUCAUAGACUGGUGAGCAGAGAUUGUGGAGUACAGAAUAGUCAGCACCCCUCUGGCAUAAGAUGCACAUUUUUCUGCUGGGAAUGAGAUGUUCUUGAGUUCUUACAAGUUCAUGAAGAGACCCAUGUGUGGUGCUAUUGAGAAAUUUAUUGGGAAAUUUGAAGACAUUUCAAAUAACAGGUUGUUUUGGUUUCUAAAGUAAAAGUGAGGAGGCACUCUGUGCAAGGAGGAAGGACUCAGGCCAGAAAACUUGUAUGCUAUGGUUAACUGGUUCCCAGCUUCCGAGAAUGUUGUUUUCCAUGGUAUAAAACUUACUCAGCAUCAGGAUAAGGGAUAACGACUCUAUGGAUAUACAGAAUCCUUCACCAUGGUAAAACUCGCUAACCCGCUGUAUACGGAGUGGAUUUUGGAGGCCAUCAAAAAAGUGAAGAAGCAAAAACAGCGUCCUUCAGAAGAAAGGAUAUGCAAUGCAGUGUCUUCAUCCCAUGGCUUGGAUCGUAAAACUGUUUUAGAACAAUUGGAGUUGAGUGUUAAAGAUGGAACAAUUUUAAAAGUCUCAAAUAAAGGACUCAAUUCCUAUAAAGAUCCUGAUAAUCCUGGGCGAAUAGCACUUCCUAAACCCCGAAACCAUGGAAAAUUGGAUAAUAAACAAAACGUAGAUUGGAAUAAACUGAUCAAGCGGGCAGUUGAGGGCUUGGCAGAGUCCAGUGGCUCAACUUUGAAAAGCAUUGAACGUUUUUUGAAAGGUCAGAAGGAUGUGUCUGCAUUAUUUGGAGGCAGCGCUGCCUCUGGCUUUCACCAGCAGUUACGAUUGGCUAUUAAACGAGCCGUUGGCCACGGCAGACUCCUUAAAGAUGGACCUCUUUAUCGGCUCAACACUAAAGCAACCAGUGUGGAUGGGAAAGAGAGUUGUGAGUCUCUUUCCUCUUUACCUCCAGUGUCACUCCUUCCACAUGAAAAGGAUAAGCCUGUUGCUGAACCAAUCCCCAUCUGUAGUUUCUGUCUUGGUACAAAAGAACAAAACCGAGAAAAGAAGCCAGAAGAACUCAUCUCCUGUGCCGACUGUGGCAACAGUGGUCAUCCAUCCUGUUUAAAGUUUUCCCCUGAAUUAACGGUUAGAGUGAAGGCCUUACGGUGGCAGUGCAUUGAGUGUAAAACGUGCAGCUCCUGUCGAGAUCAAGGCAAGAAUGCAGAUAAUAUGCUCUUUUGUGAUUCCUGUGACCGAGGUUUUCACAUGGAGUGUUGUGAUCCGCCACUCACCCGGAUGCCAAAAGGUAUGUGGAUAUGUCAAAUAUGUCGACCUAGGAAAAAAGGACGAAAACUUCUACAGAAGAAGGCGGCGCAGAUAAAACGGCGCUAUGCUAACCCAAUAGGACGUCCAAAAAACAGGUUAAAGAAACAAAACACGGUAUCAAAAGGUCCCUUCAGCAAAGUUCGAACUGGUCCUGGAAGGGGUCGUAAACGUAAAAUCACUCUCUCCAGCCAAUCAGCAUCGUCAUCAGAAGAAGGAUAUUUAGAGCGAAUAGAUGGCUUGGACUUCUGCAGAGAUAGCAGUCACCCCUUGAAGUUCAACAAGAAAACCAAAGGGCUCAUUGAUGGCCUUACCAAAUUCUUCACCCCUUCCCCUGAUGGGCGGAAACCUCGAGGGGAAGUGGUAGAUUACUCUGAGCAAUAUAGAAUCAGGAAAAAGGGCAACAGAAAAUCAAGCACUUCAGAUUGGCCCACAGACAAUCAGGAUGGCUGGGAUGGCAAACAAGAAAGUGAGGAACGGCUUUUUGGGAGCCAGGAAAUCAUGACUGAGAAAGAUAUGGAAUUAUUUCGUGAUAUCCAAGAACAAGCACUGCAGAAAGUUGGAGUGACUGGUCCCCCUGAUCCACAAGUUCGCUGUCCCUCUGUCAUUGAGUUUGGGAAGUAUGAAAUUCACACCUGGUACUCCUCCCCAUAUCCUCAAGAAUACUCAAGGCUGCCUAAAUUAUAUCUUUGUGAAUUCUGUCUAAAAUACAUGAAAAGUAGAACUAUUCUCCAGCAGCACAUGAAGAAAUGUGGUUGGUUCCAUCCUCCUGCCAAUGAGAUUUACAGAAAAAAUAAUAUUUCUGUCUUUGAGGUUGAUGGGAAUGUGAGUACCAUUUAUUGUCAGAACCUGUGUCUCUUGGCAAAGUUGUUUCUUGACCACAAAACACUCUAUUAUGACGUGGAGCCAUUUCUUUUUUAUGUACUAACACAGAAUGAUGUCAAGGGCUGCCACCUUGUUGGCUACUUUUCUAAAGAAAAGCACUGCCAGCAGAAGUACAACGUUUCCUGCAUAAUGAUUCUUCCCCAGUACCAGCGUAAGGGCUAUGGCAGGUUUCUCAUCGAUUUCAGUUAUUUGUUAUCAAAGCGUGAAGGCCAAGCAGGGUCUCCAGAGAAACCAUUAUCCGAUCUAGGUCGUCUUUCCUACAUGGCUUAUUGGAAAAGUGUAAUAUUGGAGUGCCUUUAUCACCAAAAUGACAAGCAAAUCAGCAUUAAGAAGUUAAGCAAGUUGACAGGUAUCUGUCCUCAAGACAUUACUUCCACACUCCACCACCUACGAAUGCUGGACUUCCGUAGUGAUCAAUUUGUGAUAAUCCGCCGGGAAAAACUUAUCCAGGAUCACAUGGCAAAGCUUCAGCUGAAUUUGCGGCCUGUCGAUGUAGAUCCAGAAUGUUUGCGCUGGACCCCUGUCAUAGUCUCCAAUUCUGUGGUCUCAGAGGAGGAAGAAGAGGAGGCUGAGGAAGGAGAAAACGAAGAGCCGCAGUGCCAGGAAAGAGAAUUAGAGACAAGUGUGGGAAAGUCUGCAUCUCGGGAGAACAAAGAACAAGAUUCUUACUCUUCAGUAGAAAGUGAAAAGAAACCAGAAGUUAUGGCACCAGCUAGUUCUACGCGUCUGAACAAGCAAGUCCUUCCUCGUGAUAGUCUUCCUGCAAACAAUCAGCCAUCUCGGAGAGGCCGCUGGGGAAGGAAGAACAGAAAAACCCAGGAACGUUUUGGUGAUAAAGAUUCUAAACUGCUCUUGGAAGAGACAUCAGCUCCUCAGGAACAAUAUGGAGAAUGUGAGGAAAAAUCAGAAACCUCCCAAGAACAAUACACUGAAAGUGAGGAGCAGUCAGCAGCCUCUCAGGAGCAGCCCAGCCAGGAUGGGAAGCCAGACAUUCCCAAAAGAAGACUAAGUGAGGGGGUUGAGCUCUGGCGAGGACAGCUAAAGAAGAGCCCCGAGGCACUGAAGUGUAGACUACCAGAAGGCAAUGAGAGGCUGCCCCGUCGCUAUAGUGACGGUGACAGGGCUCUCCUCAGAGGCUUCAGUGAGAGUAGUGAGGAAGAAGAAGAGCCAGAAAGUCCUCGGUCCAGCUCCCCACCAAUUCUUACAAAGCCCACACUGAAGAGAAAGAAACCAAUUCUUCACCGAAGAAGGAGAAUCCGAAAGCGCAAACACCACAACAGCAGCGUGGUCACAGAAACGAUUUCUGAGACUACAGAGGUAUUGGAUGAACCUUUUGAAGACUCUGACUCUGAGAGGCCAAUGCCACGAUUAGAACCCACGUUUGAGAUUGAUGAGGAAGAAGAGGAAGAGGAUGAAAAUGAACUCUUUUCUAGAGGAUACUUCCAUCGUUUGUCCUCACAGGAUGUGCUCAGGUGUCGAUCCUCUUCUAAGAGGAAGUCUAAAGAUGAAGAUGACGAAGAAGAGUCCGAUGACGCUGAUGACACUCCUGUUCUAAAGCCAGUAUCUCUCUUGAGAAAAUGUGAUGUGAAGGAUUCUCAGCUUGAGCCAGAUACAUCCACACCUAUGAAAAAGAAAAAGGGAUGGCCCAAAGGCAAGAGCCGCAAACCAAUCCACUGGAAGAAAAGACCUGGUCGCAAACCAGGAUUUAAGUUGAAUCGGGAAAUCCUACCCGUUUCUACCCAAGAAUGCAUUGUUGAGCCCACCGUUCCCAUUCCUAAACCGGGACGGAAACCCAAACUUCAAGAGAAUGAAGAGACUGUUGAACCAAAAGAAGACUUGCCUUUAACAGAAGAAAGGAAGGAUGAGGAGGAGAUGCACGUGGAAGCGGAAGAGGUUGAAGAGGGAGAAGAAGAAGAUACAACCAGCAGUGAAGUUAGAGCGGCAUCUCCAGUGGAUAGCAACAGUCCCGAGACUGAAACAAAAGAACCCGAAAUAGAAGAGGAGGAAGAGAAGCCCCGUGUCUCAGAAGAGCAGCGGCAGUCAGAGGAGGAGCAGCAAGAGCUGGAAGAACAGGAGCAAGAGGAAGAGGAUGAGGUGGCUGUAGAGACAAACCAGAAUGAAGACCAUGAUGCAGAUGAUGAAGACGACGGCCAUCUGGAAUCUACCAAGAAAAAAGAGCUAGAGGAGCAGCCCGUUAGAGAAGAUGUCAAAGAGGAGCCUGGUGGCCAGGAGUCUUUUUUAGAUACUAAUAUGCAGAACAAUAGGGAGAAUAUAAAGGAUAAAGAUGAAACAGAACCAGAUUCUGAAGAGGAACAGACUUCCCACGAAACAUCCAUGGUAUCAGAGCACAUGCCAGGGUCUGAGGACGAUCAUGAAGAAGAUUCAAACUCUAAAGAAGAAUUAAUUGAGCUAAAAGAGGAGGAAGAGAUUCCUCACAGUGAACUGGAUCUGGAAACCGUGCAAGCAGUGCAGUCUUUGACUCAAGAAGAAAGCAACGAGCAUGAGGGAGCCUACCAGGACUGCGAAGAAACUCUGGCCGCGUGUCAGACCCUGCAGAGCUACACCCAGGCCGAUGAAGACCCUCAGAUGUCGAUGGUGGAAGACUGCCACGCUUCAGAACAUAAUAGCCCGAUAUCUUCUGUUCAGUCUCAUCCCAGCCAAUCGGUCCGUUCAGUCAGUAGUCCCAACGUGCCUGCCCUUGAAAGCGGUUACACCCAGAUCAGCCCGGAGCAAGGAUCCCUGUCCGCACCCUCUAUGCAGAACAUGGAGACCAGCCCCAUGAUGGAUGUGCCUUCCGUAUCAGACCACUCUCAGCAGGUGGUGGACAGUGGCUUCAGUGACCUGGGCAGCAUUGAGAGCACCACAGAAAACUAUGAGAACCCCAGCAGUUACGAUUCUACGAUGGGUGGCAGCAUUUGUGGGACUAACUCUUCCCAGAGCAGCUGCUCCUAUGGUGGGUUGUCCUCCUCCAGCAGCCUCACCCAGAACAGUUGUGUUGUCACUCAGCAAAUGGCAAACAUGGGCAACAGCUGCAGCAUGAUGCAGCAGAACAACGUCCAGCCUGCUGCUGCCAACUGCAACAUCAAGUCACCUCAGAGUUGUGUGGUGGAGAGGCCUCCCAGUAACCAGCAGCCGCCGCCCCCACCACCGCAGCAGCAACAGCAGCAGCAGCAGCAGCAGCAGCAGCAGCAGCAGCAGCAGCAGCAACCAGCACCACAGCCUCCGCCGCCCCAGCAGCAGCAGCAACAGCCACCGGCGCCGCCACCACCUCAGCCCCAGCAGCCUCAGCCCCCGCCCCCGCCCCAGCAGCAGCCCCCCCUGUCACAGUGUAGUAUGAAUAACAGUUUCACUCCAGCGCCUAUGAUCAUGGAGAUACCGGAAUCUGGAAGCACUGGGAACAUAAGUAUUUAUGAGAGGAUUCCAGGGGACUUUGGUGCCGGCAGCUACUCUCAACCAUCAGCCACCUUCAGUCUAGCCAAGUUGCAGCAGCUGACUAACACCAUUAUGGACCCUCAUGCCAUGCCUUAUAGCCAUUCUCCUGCUGUGACUUCCUAUGCAACCAGUGUUUCUUUGUCUAAUACAGGACUGGCUCAGCUAGCUCCGUCUCAUCCAUUAGCUGGGACCCCUCAAGCACAAGCCACCAUGACGCCGCCCCCCAACUUGGCAUCCACCACCAUGAACCUCACGUCACCUCUGCUACAGUGCAACAUGUCUGCCACCAACAUCGGCAUUCCUCACACUCAGAGGUUGCAAGGGCAGAUGCCAGUGAAGGGGCACAUUUCCAUCCGCUCCAAGUCCGCGCCACUGCCCUCUGCAGCUGCCCACCAGCAGCAGCUGUAUGGCCGCAGCCCACCAGCGGUUGCCAUGCAGGCUGGCCCUCGUGCAUUGGCUGUUCAGCGUGGCAUGAACAUGGGGGUUAAUUUGAUGCCGACCCCUGCCUAUAAUGUCAAUUCCAUGAAUAUGAACACCUUGAAUGCCAUGAACAGCUAUCGAAUGACGCAGCCCAUGAUGAACAGCAGUUACCAUAGUAACCCUGCCUACAUGAACCAGACAGCACAGUAUCCUAUGCAGAUGCAGAUGGGGAUGAUGGGGAGCCAGGCCUAUACCCAGCAGCCUAUGCAGCCAAACCCUCAUGGAAACAUGAUGUACACUGGCCCCUCCCAUCACAGCUACAUGAACGCUGCUGGUGUGCCCAAGCAGUCACUCAAUGGACCUUACAUGAGAAGAUGAGCAAGAUGAACUUGCAAUUAAAAACUUAAAUAUAUAUAAAUAAAGGAACCUUUUAUACUGACAAACCAGAGAAAAAUGGACCUUUUUCCAGUUAAAAUAUUGCUGUAGAUUUAGAGGAAUUUUUCUUUGGUUUAUUUUAUUUUUUAGAAAACCUGGUCUUCUCUCUCUUUUUUUUUUUUUUUUUUUUUGGGUUCAUUUUGUUCUGGGUUUUGGUUUUCUUCAUAAUCUUGAACAUUUUACAAUAGAACUCAUCUAAAAAUGGAUUUGGGGAUAGGGGAAACAUGCACAAAAAUCUUUUCAUAAUUAAAAAGAGCCUUACUUUCUUUACAUACCACAUGGACAGAAUUUGUGUAAAAGUGAAUUAUCUUUAUUUUAUUUUAAAAUGUAUGUUUCCCCUCACUGUUUGCAGCUCCCAAUGUUGUCAUUUUUAAAUGUUAUAUAUACAUCUCGGGGGUUAACGAGACCCCUUCCUCCAAACCCAACCUUUCAUUUCCUACUUCAUUCCAGCAGGAGGCACUUAGGGGAGACUCGGAUGGGGACAUGGAGAACAACCCAAGCUCCUUAAACUUAUUAUUAUUGUUAAUAUUAUUAUUAUUAUUAUUAUUAAUAAAGCGAGGCAGGAAAAUGCUUCUCCUUUUAAAAUCCCCUCCACUCCCUACACACACACACACACACACACACACACAGACACACACACACACACACACACACACACACACACACACACACACACCCCUCUUGACCUCUUGAAACCUUUCCCCAAGAAUGUUUCUUUAUAGAUGGACUUCACUGAAAUGUUUGUUUUUCUUAAAUCAAGUGUAAUAUAAUUUUGGGGGGGGGGGUUUUUUACUAUUCCCACUCAGCACUCAGAGACACAAAAAUACUGUAAGUCUCAAUUAACAGCAGAAUCUCAGAGGAAAGCUGUUUGCAAUCCUAAUCCAGCCUUGGAGGAAUAGAGAUGGUCAGUUAACAAUCAAAAAGAGGAAAUUAACCUCUUGUUUUUUACCACCUGGUGAAUCAGCCAUAACACACAUAUUCCAUGCAGCCUCUUGUUUUUAGUAUGUACUUUGAGAUGCUAAGGGUCUUGAUUCUUGAGCCUUUGACUUUGACUAAACUCAAACAGCAGUCCCCAGUGCUUAGCCUCUUACAUUCUUAUACAAAGUGUUGAUGGAUGACUGUACAUUUCAGUGAUUUGAAAAAUACCUGACAGACAUUUGACACUGUUUAUUUUAUGUUGGAAGAGAUGAUUUAAGGGAGAUCAUGGUGUGAGUUUUAUAGCUACUUAAAUGAUACAUACCUCUAGUUUUCAUUUUCUUGAGAUCCUGAGUUCAUUCCCUGUGAAUCAGAGUGCACCAGCCCCUCUCCUGUGAGUGGUUAAAAGAGAAGAGGGAUAAACCAACCACCAGCAUAGUAGGGCAAAUCUGGACAGCAGGGUUUUAGCAGGUUCCUUUGUUGCUCCCAACUCCAUUAUCUUUUCUCUUGUGCAGCCAGUUCGCCCAUUCUCUUCCUGUUACUUGCUCCAGGGAUAGGUAAAAAAAAAAAAAUAUAUAUAUAUAUAUAUAUCUAUAUAUAUGUUCCAUCAUUAGAAGAUGGAAAAUAUUAUACCACUCGGUAUGUGCAGUCAAAUAUCCAAAAGGGGGAAGUACUGCUUAAAGAAAUACCUGUAAGCAUUAAAUUCUCUCCUUUAUUUGUACAUUUUAUAUAGAUAAAUUUUUGAAGUACUAAUUAGGCAUUAAAUUUUUUCAAAUGCACAGGUUUGUUGUUUUUUUUUUUUUUUUAAAUACACUUUAAUUGACUUUCUCAAUUAAAUGUGUUAGGUAGAAAAAGGCAGAAUUCCACAUCUUAACCGCUAUCAAUUCUGAGCAUGUGCAAGGCUGUGUAGGACCCAGUUUCUCUGUAUAUACUCUUCCAGUUCCCAAUCAUCUAUGUAGAAAGUGCACUGUGCUGCCCUCUCCCUACAUCUUCAGCUAUGUCAUUGCUUCCUGGUUGGGGUGGGGAUGGGGUGGGUCGGGAGGGAGGUAUAUUGGGAGGAGGGUGGGUCAAGGCAGAAGGAGAAGCUGUUGAAAUGAGGGCCGUGAAUUCAGUUUCUGUUGGUUUGCGGUUGUGUUUGGUUUUAUUUGUUUCUUUAAAAAAAAAAAAAAUUCAAUCGGGCAGCUCCCUUUUCCACAAGCCUUUUUGUGACUGUAGAACUAUUGUAGAGAAAAUGUUCUUUUCUAUAUUAUAAAAGAAAUUAUCCAACACAGUAAUAUUGGUACCUGUCAUUUUUUCACUUCUGUUAAAAAAAAAAUGUAUUUUUAGCAAGAUAACUUGGGUAAUCUUCUAAAAAAGAAAUUUAAAAAACUCACUGUUAGUGACUUUGAUGCCUUUUAAAAUAAGAGCUUUUUCAUUUCAUUCCAUCUUUAAAAUUUUUUAUCUUUGUUGUAGAAUAUUAAAAACUAUUUUAAGAAAGAUAAAAAUUCUCUUUAAAGAGAUCUCUAGAGUGUGUGAAUAGAGCUCCAGAUGCCUCUAAAAGCCGCAUGUACAAAUGAAGCUAAGUCUAUUCCUGUCUGUUUAUAUUUGCUUUUCCUGUUUUGUAACCUCUUUGUACUUUGUUCAUGGUGACUUGUAAGCUACGGGGAAGGGGUGCCUAGAUGCCUUUGUAUUUCUCCAUGUCAUGCGCUCCUGGGCCAGUCGGUCUCCCUUCCUCUCCUUGUAUGUAAUAUCACUUUUUUUUCCCCUUUCUAGCAAGUACUUUCAAAAAAACUCUGUACAUUUUAACAUAAAAAAAAAAUAAAUUAUGUUGAGCCAUUUUGGA